UAUAAAUCAGAAUGUGAAGAGUUAGAGAUAUUGUAUGCGCUUGACACUGAUCAAAAUUAUGAUAAAGGUCAUGGGCAAGAGUUGGCUGCCGAAAUGGACAAAACGUCCAAAGAUAAAAGCAGCUAUCCCAGCGGUAUGGUUGAUCACUUAAGCUUUGAAUCCCACAAUACAUCAUUAACUACCACUAAUAUGAUAAUGUAUACAUCUGGAAGAAGUAUUCAUUUAUGUCCACUGAAGAAAACAUUGUACAUGCUCCCUAAAUUGUCUCACAUUGAUAAGAUUGACCCAAAGGAUGAAAAGAAUAAGUCUUCUCAAAACGAGUCUGAAGAGGAAGAAGAAGAAAGUGAACAGAUUAUGGCAAAAUUCAAAGAUAGGCCUGGUAAAAAAAGCGAAAAGAAAAAAAUGCAAGAGAUGGUUAAACAACGAGCUAUGGAGCCUUGGAUUGAUUUAAACUUUGUACCAAAUAGACAUUACUUUUCCAGAGGAGAAUUAGAUAAGUUUAUAUUGCCAUAUUCAAAUAGAACUGAUCUAAAAGAUCCUGAUAUAACAAUAACUAAAGUUGAAAAAGAAGUAAUCAAUGAAAAUAUUAAUGCGAUUAGGUCAAGACAAUUAUCUAAAAAUGAAAUAAAAUCAUAUUCUCUUGAGAAAAAAAUAAAAAUACUUUUAUUUAAUGCAAAAAUGAUAUCUACAAAGAUGUUGAUGAAUUUACUGCAUAAAUGUGGUGUACCAACUGAUGAAAGUGUUACGACAAUUUUGACUCAUUUAAAAGAAAUUGCAGUUUUAGUUUGUGGCAACUGGACCAUAAAGAGUGAAGUCUAUCCAGAUAAUACUAUAUCUUCCCAUUUUGGCUUGAGUUUUGAAGUCAUGCGCCUUUUAAGAGAUUAUAUUAUUCACUCAAUGGAUUCUGAUCAGAUUGUCAAUCGUAAAAAUAUUGGGAAAAUAUUUAAUGCACCACCAGAAGAAGUUAAGGAUGUUUUGAAUUCUGUUGCAGUACUGGACAAAACCAAAACUUGGAAACUGCUUGUUACUGACAAUGAUGGAUUUUUAGAAACGUAUGUAUAA